AUGUCAAGAAUUGAAAAGCUUCAGUUUUUAAUGGGUAUGCAGGAAAUGGAGCUACUUCAGAACACUAUCGGGGUGCAAUUCAAGAUGAACGAAAAUUCUAUUAUAAAAUUUUCUUGGUUUUCUCCUGCACCUUUGGGUUGGAGAAACAAUCAGCAAAGCUGUACAGUAUCCUCGAGUUUUGGGCAUUUUUGCUUCUCCCAACAAAAACUCAUGAACCCAAUGACAAUGAGAGGUUUUGGUAGGAAAGGAAGUCGAGUAAACAUUUCCAAAAUCGAAGAACUACUGAGGUUUGGCAAGGGGGAUGAGGAUGAUGAUGAGGACGAAGAAAAAUCAAGUGGGAGUGUUGGUAAGGAUGGAAAUGAGAAUCCUUUUGUUAUGAAUGAGGAUGAGAGAAAGGAGUGGAGAAAAAAGAUUAGAGAGGUGAUGAGUCGAGUUCCAGAUGAUGUUGAAGAGGAGAUUGAUCUUGUCGAGAAGCGGAAAAAAAUGCAAAAGCUUCUAGCCGAAUAUCCUCUUGUGGUUGAUGAGGAGGAUCCUGAUUGGCCGGAGGAUGCUGAUGGGUGGGGUUUCAAUUUGGGUCAGUUUUUCAACAAGAUUAGCAUAAAAAAUGUUAAGAAGGAUGUGGAUGAUGAGGAUUAUGAUAGUGAGAAUGAGAUAGUGUGGCGGGAUGAUGAUUAUAUUCGUCCAAUCAAAGACUUAACCACUAUAGAAUGGGAGGAGGCUGUGUUUAAGGACUUCAGCCCUUUAGUGGUUCUUGUUCAUAACCGUUACAAAAGGCCAAAGGAGAAUGAAAGGAUCCGAGAUGAACUCGAGAAGGCUGUGCAUAUUAUAUGGAACUGCAGGCUACCAUCUCCAAGAUGUGUUGCAAUAGAUGCCAACACAGAGCAUGAUUUGGUCUCUGCUCUACAAGUUUCUGUUUUUCCAGAGCUCAUUUUCACUAAAGCAGGGAAAAUUCUCUACCGUGAGAAAGCAAUCAAGACAGCUGAUGAGUUGUCCAAGAUAAUGGCAUUCUAUUACUAUGGAGCAGCCAAGCCCCCAUGUUUGAGUGGGAUUGAGAACAUGGAAGAAGCAAUUCCUAUUGUUUCAAGUCAGAUUUGAAAGAUGAUGAACCCCUUAGUCCAGAAAUCCUUACUACAUAAGUUUUUGCUGAAACUUCAAGUGGUGUGAUACACAUAUAUUGAGAAAGCAGUUACGCGUGCCUGUUGGACGAGAAAGGCACAUAUAUGAGCUAUUUGGUGUGCGAAAAGGCAGGAGUAUGUUAUAUGGGGUUUAUACAGUUUUUCUUCAAAUCCUUUGAGACGGCAACUAUGGGAUUAUACGGUUUCUCUUUAAAUCCUUUGAGAUGGUAACUGGGUAGUCAAUAGUCAUUUUUAGCUGGAAGACUUGGGGAUGUUUGUUUAAUGUGCCCACUGCUUAUUUUCUUAGUUUAUUAGAAAGAGGCUUACUCUGUAAUUGUUUAAGGUGACAUCAUUUUGAUUAAAAAAAAUGUGUAAGUAUUAAAAAAAUGUGCCCAGUUGCUAAGUCUUUUUUGUGCUGGGGACGAUUUAGCUAUAUAAUGUUUUCUAAUGUUCAACAA